UGUAGGCCGUGUCCUGUGAAUGACCCCAUUCACUCCUCCCUCCUCAACUCCUCUUCAUACAGAGCCAGAUCCCAUCACUCCCUCAGAGGACUCCUCAUACACCGACAAGACAUGCAUCUUAAAUGGGGCUUUUCUGCUGCUCUUCUUGCAGUCGUCGUUGGAAUAUACCUGUUGCCAUCUCCAAUAGAUCCAGAAUCAUUCAUAUUUCAUAAACCGCCACCUUUGGUUGGACCAUUGGCUAUUAACCGAAGGAUCCAUCAAGGAAAGAGGCUCUUCUACGGACAACUGAAGGGUCCAGAAUCAUUUACUAGUGAUCAUGAAGGUAACCUUUACACUGGCACUGUGGAUGGAAAGUUGUGGCGGAUUCGUGGAGAACACUUACAGCUCAUAACCCAGAUGGGGAAGAAUGUGUCCGGGUGUGGCAUUCCUGAGUAUGAGCCAGUGUGUGGACGUCCACAUGGCGUACGAUUAGGCAGUGAUGGAUAUCUAAUUGUAGCCGAUUCCUAUUUUGGAUUGUUCAGGGUACAUCCGCAGACUGGAGAAAAAGAACAUCUUAUCUCUAACAAAGAAGGGGUGGAUGGAAUACCAUUCAAAUUCUUGAAUGGACUUGAGUUGUCCCAAAAUGGCACCAUAUUUUUUACAGACUCGAGCAGCAAAUGGGGUAGACAACAUCACAGAUAUGAGGUAUUAGAAACAAAUCACUGUGGAAGACUCAUACGUUAUGAUAUAGUGAAGAAAGAGGCAAAGACUUUGCUGGAAGACCUGUAUAUGGCUAAUGGGCUGGCCUUAUCACCAGAGGAAGACUAUUUAUUAAUAGCGGAGACCAGCAUUGCCAGGAUCUCACGCUAUUGGUUAUCUGGCAGCAAGGCGGGUAUAAAAGAGGUUUUUGUGGACAAUCUGCCAGGCUACCCAGAUAACAUCCGGAUCUCUAGUAUGGGUACAUACAGAGUUGGCUUGUCAACAACACGAUUUCCUGGAUUCUUCCCGCCAUUUCUGGAUGCAAUUGCGCCCUACCCUGCCCUAAAGAGAUUCAUUGUCAAGGUGACACCACUGGCAGCGUACAGCUUUCUGCUGAAAAAACACGGCUUGUUCCUGGAAGUGAACCAGAAUGGGGAAAUAGUGGACAGUUUUCAUGAUCCGGAUGGAAGUGUGACAUGGGCAAUCAGCGAUGUGUAUGAGCACCAAGGACAGCUGUACCUGGGUAACACCGACUUACCCUUCCUUGUAGUUUUGACAAGGGAGAGAAAAUAAUGUUGUGAAUCAUCUGAGUACACACAUGGCAGGUUUUUCAUUUCAUCAUUUAGGCCUCAUGCACACAGGGUGUUUAAAAAUAAAAAAGGGUGCAUUUGAUUGCUUCUAAAGGCCUAUGUGUCCUUGUACAUAUAGGAGGUUAGAGGCUGAAAACAAACCCCGUCACCUACACAUUUAGAAGAGGAGCGUUUUGGCAGAAAAAUUAGACGCAACAAAACUCUAAGCUUGAGUGUUAAUUUAUUGCAAUGGCCAGAAAAAAAAAAUUAUUAUUAUUCUGGCCUGACCGAAUGCUUAUAUAAAAAAAAAAAUCUCCUGUA